AGGGUUUCAAUUUCUCUCUUUUUCCGUUUGGGUGCAAAUCUAGGUUUAGAGAGAGAAACACUGAGAGAACGAACGAACGAACUAGAUAGAAAGAGAAAGAGACUCUCUAUUUUGAUCGCGGUGUUUCUAUUUGAGGCGGAACCCUAGCCGGGACUGUGCGUGACGGCGGCGGCGGAUCGGAGAGUAACCACCAUGAGCGGCAAAGUCGGUGGCGCUGCGGGCCACAACAAGGCUUCACUCGCGGGGAUCCCGCCGGCGAGUCGGAAGAUGGUUCAGAGCUUGAAGGAAAUAGUCAGUAACAUCCCCGAUAACGAGAUCUACGCCACUCUCAAAGACUGUAACAUGGACCCUAACGAAGCUGUUAGUCGCUUACUCUCACAAGAUCCUUUUCACGAGGUCAAGAGCAAACGAGAGAAGAAGAAAGAGAGUAAGGAUACAACAGAUUCUAGGCCUCGCGGGGCGAAUAAUAAUUCAUCUAGUCGCGGCGGCGGUGGUGGUGUUAGAGGUGGUGCUGACCGUUAUGCUGGGCGUGGGGGCGCGGCCCAGUUUAAUAGUAGUGAUUCUGGUCUCCUGCAGGGAAAGCCUGCUUCGAGGAAGGAAAAUGGAACGCCGGCUUAUGGAGGAGGCUCGACGUUUUUUGCACCCAAUGCGUGGGAUAAUAGUGCGAGCAGACAAGUACCAUCCUACAGCCACAGUGAUUCUGCUGGUGUCAGUGAUGGAGUAUCUUCAUCAUUACAACAUGGUGGAGUGCAAUCUGCAUGGGCGUUGAACCCGGGUCAAGUGUCAAUGGCUGACAUUGUCAAGAUGGGUAGGCCACAGCCCAAGGCACCCGUGCAUAACUCAGCAGCGUCAAAUCACAAUUUGAAUUCAUAUCAAGGUCAUGCUUCCAAGGUUUCAGAGAACACUAAUGAUCAAAGCUUUGCUGUUAAUCCCAAUGUUGAACAGAAUGAUGAAUGGCCUUCUAUUGAACACCAACCAGCUGUUUAUGGCUCCUCGGUCGUUGAUACGCAUCCAAAUACUGAGUACUACACGAACUCAUCUAACUUUGGUGAAGCCAAUCGGCAACUGAAUAACCAUGUUGAUGAAUUUGUACCUGAAGAUAGUCCUGUUGAGAAUCCAGACAAUGUCGGAUCUACUUCUGUACCUGUUCAAAGUGUACCUGAGGAUAGUUCAGAAAGUGCAUCUGCUUUUGAUGGUAGCUUGUACAAGGACAUAAAUUCUUACCAAUCUCAUCGGCACCCUUUUGAUAAUAAUGAAGCUGAAGAUGGUACUUCAUCGGUGGCUGCAAACUUAGAGCAGCUUAAUUUACACAAUGAUGAUCAAGGGACAGAACCAGAGGAGGAGAAUCCUUCUGUAGUAAUUCCAAAUCACCUACUACUUCAUACUCCAGAAUGCUUAAAUCUUAGCUUUGGAAGUUUUGGAGCUGUCAAUGAUGCUUCCCUUUCUGGAUCUGGGCCACAUGCUUCUAGGCCUUUGAAAAGUAACUUGGAGGAUACAUCUGGAGCAACCGAUGUUGCAACAAUUGGGUCCUCAGAUGCCAGAAAUCCUGAGUAUUAUGGAGACGAGCAUCUUACUACUACCUCAGAUCGGAAUAUGGCUCACAUAACCAACGUGGAUGCUGGGGUUUAUGAACAUCCUUCCAUUUCACAACCUGAGGGUUUAAAACCCGAACCCCCUGAAACUUCUCAUGAAAAUCAAUAUUCAUUUCCUUCAUCUUCACAUGAGUUUACUUAUGAAAAUGCUCAACAGCCAGAUGUGACAUAUCCUCAUUCACAGACAAGCUCGCAGAUCCAGAACCUGUCUCCCUUCUCUAGUGUAAUGCAGGCAUACACUACUUUGCCCAGUGCUCUGUUGGCUUCAACGGUUCAAACAGCAAGGGAGGACAACCCAUACUCACCUUUCCCUGCAACUCAAUCGAUGCCUACGAAAUAUAGCAACAUAGCUUCUUCAAUUGGUGGUCCCUCUAUAACCAUGUCAGAGGCUCUAAGGGCAAACAACAUUUCAGCGCCUCAACCUAAUCCACAAGCUUUGCCUGGUGCCAAUGUUGCCACUGGACCUUCACUUCCUCAACACCUUGCUGUCCAUCCCUACGCCCAGCCUACUCUUCCUCCGGGACAUUAUCCUAACAUGAUAAGUUAUCCAUUUUUGCCUCAGAGCUAUACCUACAUGCCAUCUGCGUUUCAGCAGGCUUUUGCUGGAAGUAGCACAUACCACCAAUCUUUGGCAGCUGUGCUUCCACAGUACAAAAACAGCAUUUCUGUCAGCAGCUUGCCUCAGUCUGCUGCUGUUCCAUCUGGAUAUGGUUUUGGAAGUUCCACCAGCAUUCCUGGUGGAAACUAUCCUUUAAAUCCACCAUCUGCCCCUACUAGCACAACCAUUGGAUAUGAUGAUGUUAUAAGCUCCCAGUACAAGGAUGCCAAUCACAUGAUUUCACUACAGCAGCAGCAGAAUGAGAAUUCUCCAAUGUGGGUUCAUGGGCCCGGCUCGCGAACAAUGUCUGCAGUUCCUCCCAGCACCUAUUACAGCUUCCAGGGACAGAAUCAGCAACCGGCUGGGUUUCGACAAAACCAGCAGCCGUCCCAGCAGCAGCAUUUCGGACAACUUGGGUACCCUAAUUUCUACCAUUCUCAGACUGGGAUGUCUCUGGAACAUCAGCAACAGCAGCAGCAGCAGAAUGCUAGGGAGUCUCUUGCUGGUUCUCAGAGCCAACAACCUAAGCAGUCCCAACAAAUUUGGCAAAACAGCUACUAAUCGUAAUCGCUCCCGGUUUUUAAGGGUCUUGAUGUGAGCUUGAUAUUAUCAGAGGCAUUUCCACGGUCUAAUUAUCAAGUGUUUGGUCUGAAGCUGCCCCGUGGAAAUUGUAUUCUACAUAAUUAUGCUCGUGAUGUUUAACUUAGGUACUUAAGUUAAGUGUGUGCUGAUUUGGUGUACUGCAAACAAUACUCUUUUUUCCCAUUAGGUUUUUCUCAUCUGGUUAUAGUGAAAAGUUUCUUGGAUGUUACCUCUUUUAA